AUGGCCAGGCACUGGCGGUUGCUCAACGCCGUCCGCCGCCUGCUCGUGCGGUCAUCCUGCACGUCAUCCGCCGCCGACCUCGACGCCAUCAAGCACAAUGUCGCCGCCACCACCAUCUACAACCCGAUGGUCGUGGAGGAAGGCGAAGAUCACCGCCGGUCGUCCGACGCCGCCAAAUACGGCUCCGGCGCGGUGGCGGUCUAUGAGCAAGUUUCUGACAGAGAGCAAUCGGCGGCCACCACUAUCCAAGCCUACUUCAGGGGGCAUUUGGCAAGGCGAGCAUUUCGAGCGCUGAAGAGCCUGGUGAGGCUGCAAGCGAUGGUGCGAGGGGCGAGCGUGCGACGGCAAGCGCGCGUGGCGGUUCACUGCAUGCAGGCGCUCGUUCGUCUCCAGGUCCGCGUGCGAGCCAGGCAGCUUUCUCGGUCAAGGGACUUCGACCGUUCCUAAGCCAUCAAGUCCAAAUCCCCACCGUUCAUCUUCAUCUUCAUCUUCUCUUCAUCC